AUGGGUAUCACAGUGAGCGCACUGAAAGAACUCAGGUCACACUUGUCUUUCACUCAGCUGAGAUUCCACUGCAGUAAGAAACAAGGUCGUACGUUCCGCGUGGCCACGGUCAGUAACAGCACCGGUGAAGGUGUGGUCUAGUACUUCAGCGGCCAGACGAAUGCGCACUCCGAUUCACUCUCUCACCCGGAGACUUUUGGAAAAUCUAUGUGCGCUAAAAAAUUAGCCAAUAAAAAUAUUAGAGCAGUUUUCAAUUAAGUGUGGACGUAAUGUGGAAUUGCAUGUUUUUUCAUUUUGAAAUGUCUGAAAAAGAAUACACCAUAUUUUCAAUCAUCACUCAGACCUGAAAUAUUUAUCUCGGUCACUUGUGAUUUACCGCCUCGAGGUCAUUGUUAUGUAUUUUUUAUGAGUUCUUAUUGGCUCCUCGGGAUAUUAUCUCGGUUCUGAUUGGCCGUUUUGAUAACCUUGGUUUUGGUUCGUGACACUCGAUUCAGAAUCUUUCAUUCCAAAAACAGCUUUCUUUCACUUAUUGACCCAGUAAGUCGUUUUUAUGAAUAUCCUUAACUUCUAAGGAUAAGCAAGCAAGAUCAACCGUUCUCUCUCAUAACCGAAAAAAGUUAAACAAAGAGACUUCGAAAUUUGCAAGAAACAAAGUCAAACUACUAAAAAAGGAUGAAAGGUGGUGAUGAGAAAAGGAUGACUUAUUUUAGUCGAGUUCCGUCAAUCAAGUAAACUUCCUCCCCUUUAUUAUGAACACGUGACCCGAUCAAUGACGACAACGAUUCGUUUUUUGGAAGCUCUUUAAGCUUCAGUAACGGUGUAAGCAAUCACGCGCCAUUUCGAUUUGAAGUGUUAUGUGCGACCGCCGAACAAGUACUCUAAUUUAAGAAUUAGAAACAAUUUUGAGUUGACAAAUUAGUUGAAAAAAUUCCAUCUGUUUAAAAUAGAGAAAGCACAAGUCAUUAUCAAAUGUACAAAAAAACCAAGGAACAAAAAUCCGUGUGAAGAAGUAGGUGGUUAUUCCUUAAUCAACUUAACUUUUUUGACUGUUGCAGACAAAAAGGAAACUAGCUUUUUGGUUGACUUUUUGUUGCAUUCGUUUACUGUUAAAUAUUGCAUGGAUUUAAAGUGUUUUUCUUGAUGUUUCCAUGCAGACUAAGUCGUUCGGGAUGUAUGCUUGUUGCCUCAUUUCGUGUUUUUAUGUAUCAGCAAACGCUUUAUGACGAGCGAAAUGAAGAAUUUAUACCGUGCCUGCCUAAGGGAAAGACGAACUCAAAACAUUUGCACGAUUUGAAAAACAAACGAGCGCGCAGCGCACGUCUAUAACUUUUUGUCAAAAAAUUUACGAUACAAUUUUUCCAGUUUCCACUCCUAUCGUUAUUUACACCCAUAUAAAAAAAUUAUUUUAUAUCGACGACAUUCCUACUUUAUUAUUAUACUAGAAUAUUAGUCUGGAUAUAGAGUGUACAUUGUAAUUACCAUAGAAUGUGUCGACAAGAUCAUGUGAUAUUUUUCUUUUGUGUAAAGUUGUUUACUUUCUCAUAGGGUAACACCCAGUAUUUCUCAAUUGAGAAUAUGGGUAGUACUCAAGUGAAAUGAUCAUCUGAGCCAUCUGAUGCGGUACCGCUGCACAGAGUUUCGCCAUUUGCUUUGAUCGUCAUUUUAAAGUUUACACCAUUAUUUAAUUUCGUGAGUUAUGAAGAAGUUCAAACCUGUUUCUGUGAAAACGAUUGUCCGCGGAAGAACUGGGAAGACCGUUAUUCAUACUGGUACGUUGUCAGUUCUGGCCAGGUUCGCCUGAGAGACCGUCCGUGGGCUUCCAUUUUAAAUUAAUGGACCUUGCUGAAAAGUUAUUCCUGCACAGUCAGGUGUCUGUAAAGGAGUUUUCAGAAUUGAUUUUGGAAAUGACACCACCUUUGCAGCCUAAUUUUGUGAGUAGUUUUAUUAUUACAGUGGUGUUCUUUAUAAGACCAGUGUUUUUUAAUUUAUACUGAUAGAUUUUCUAGUUUAAAUAAAUUCUUUAUUUUAAAUAUAAUAUUGAGAUUGCUCAUUUACAUUCUGGAGAAGGAGGCAGUGGUUCAGCGCAUCCAAAUGUUUGGAGUGCUGGCUUUCAAAUCUUAGCAAAUGUUGAAUUUAUAUGCCAUCUAUCCUAAUAUUUUAAUUUCCAGUUAAACUGUACAUUGUAGAAAUCUUUUGGACUGUUAGUUUUCCCAUUUAAGCUAAAACCCCGCAAAUGCCGAGGCCAUCAAGUCACGUUGAUGAUCUUCCCGUCUGUUAACAAUAUUGUCUAUAUCCCUGCUUGAAACAGUGUUUGAACCUAGGACCAUACCUGCAGCUGUAUUUAAUGCUAAAUCCUACUUAAUAUAACAUUAAGCCACAAUUGACUACGCAUAUACAAGAAGUAAGUAUGGAUAAAUCAGGAGUGAAAUGAAAAAUAAUGACAAUAUCAGUGUUAUACGAAAAUGACUGAGUACAUGUAAAUAAAAUAUAUUUUCCUUCUAAUACAAGUACCUGUUUUAAAGAAUUCAGCACAAAAUGAAUUGUAAGAAUUUGGUCCUUUGACACCUUUGAUUCUUUUUAAUGUGACAUCUGCAGAAGAAGAUGAUUCUUGUGGCCUUGUUCUUUUCUGAUUCCCAAUCCACGUCUGCAAAAAUCAUUCAGUGUAAUUGUUAUAUUACUCAUUAUGUUAAAAUUAGUAUUAAUUAACCACUGAUGACAACUGAAUAAACAUACGAAAGCUAUUUAAUAUUAAUUUUGAUCAAAGACCAUAAAAGUGUUGUCAUGAGGAAAAAGGAGAGGAGGGGAGAAGAAAGAGGAGGUUUGCAUCAGAACUACUGAGAAAUACUGCAAUAAUGCCUGACCAUAAGAUAUAGUAUUCGUACAUGCUUGAAAAUAGUAUUUAACAUCCUUUAGACAACAGAUCUACAACGGACAUCCUCUACUUCAUCCUAACCUGGGAUUAACUGAACCUUGCUUUGACAAAAUGAGCUUGUGGGGUUGA